UCUUCCACUGGCAGAGAAGACUUUGUGCAAUGCAAGUUGAAUAUCAGUGCAGCGCGUUCCCAUUCCAAUUUUCUCCAAAACUUUCUCGCACUCGCAGAGAAGACUUCGCGUGCAGCAGCCAUGGCCGAUAAGCUCGGAGCUCAACACCGCGGUUGGAUCUACGAUGUUUUCUUGAGUUUUAGAGGCGAGGACACGCGCAAGAACUUCACCGAUCACCUCUACUACGCACUCAAAGAUUCCGGCAUCAACGUCUUCCGAGACGACGAAGAGCUCCGGCGAGGCGAAGACAUAAGUUCGGAGCUGAAGCAGGCGAUCCAAGGAUCCAAGGUGGCGGUUAUUGUUUUCUCGCAUAACUACGCGGAUUCGCGGUGGUGCUUGGAGGAGCUGGUCAAGAUUAUGGAGUGCAGGAGAACUUUGAGGCAAUUGGUUCUCCCCGUUUUCUACGAUGUCGAUCCCUCCACUGUGAGGAAACAGACGGAUGGAUUUGAACACGCCUUUCUUCGUCACGAGGAGCGUUUCUUCUUCGACAUUGAUAGAGUUCUUCGCUGGAGAAUGGCUCUCACUGAAGCUGCAAAUUUAUCUGGUUGGGAUUUGAGAAAUGUCGCAGAUGGACAUGAAGCAAAGUUUAUCAGAUUAAUAGUUGACAAGAUAUCGAGGGAACUCAACAGCACAUACUUAUAUGUAGCACUCUAUCCUGUGGGAAUUGAAUCUCGUACAAAAGUUAUCACAUCACAGCUAGAAAAAGGAUCAGAUGGUGUGCGAAUGGUGGGAAUUUGGGGCAUGGGAGGAACGGGCAAAACAACCAUUGCAAAAGCAGUUUACAAUCAACUUUAUCACAACUUUGAAGGCAGAUGUUUUCUUGCCAAUAUCAAAGAAAUCUCCAAUCAGCCUGAUGGUCAGGUUCGCUUACAAGAACAACUUCUCUGUUCUAUCUCAAAAUCUAGCAAGACUAAGUUGGAAAAUGUUGAUCGAGGAAUUGUACUGCUGCAAGAAAGAUUUCGUCGGAAAAAGGUGCUUUUGAUACUAGACGAUGUAGAUCAAAUAGGCCAACUAAAUGCAAUAGCAAGAAGUCGUGAGUGGUUCGGUUCGGGAAGUAGAAUUGUUAUCACAACUAGGGAUAAGCAUUUGCUAGAGCAACUUCGAGUAGAUGCAAUAUGUUCAGUAGAUGAAAUGAAUGACACUGAAGCACUUGAACUCUUUAGUUGGCAUGCCUUUCGUAAUAGUUAUCCUGAUGAAGACUUUCAUGAACUUUCAAAAUGUGUUGUUGAUUAUUCUGGAGGAUUGCCACUGGCCCUUGAAGUCUUGGGCUCUUUCCUUUUUGGUAGAAGCAUACCCGAAUGGAAAGACGCAUUGAACAAAUUGAAGACAAUUCCGGAUGAUCAGAUUCAAAGAAAGCUUAGAAUAAGUUUUGAUGGCCUCAGUGAUCACACGUAUAAGGAUAUAUUCCUUGAUGUGUCAUGUUUUUUUAUUGGUAUGGAUAGAAACUAUGUUGAACAAGUACUGGAUGGUUGUGGAUUUUUUCCAAAAAUUGGAAUUAGUGUCCUCCUCCAGAGAUGCCUUCUAACAAUCGGUGAUCGAAACAAACUAAUGAUGCAUGAUUUACUUAGAGAUAUGGGACGAGAAAUCGUUCGAGAGAAGCACCCGAAAGAGCCUGAAAGACAUAGCAGACUCUUGCUUCACGAUGAAGUACUUUCUGUACUCACAAGACAAAAGGGAACCGAUGCAAUUGAAGGCCUAGCUUUAAAGUUGCCAAGAUUUAGCAAGGAAAAGUUAAGUACUGAAGCAUUUAAUGAAAUGCAAAAUUUGAGGUUACUACAACUUAAUUUUGUCAAUUUGAAUGGAGACUUCAAGCAUCUUUCCCAAGAGUUAAGAUGGCUUUGUUGGCAUGGAUUCCCUUUGAAGUUCUUACCAAAAGACUUUCACAUUGAAAAAUUAGUUGCUAUUGACUUGAGAUAUAGCCACAUCAGAUUCUUUUGGAAGGAGUCCAAGUUUCUUGAGAAGUUGAAAAUUCUUAAUCUUAGUCAUUCUCAUGACUUGACGCAUACUCCAGAUUUCUUGAAGCUCCCUAGUCUCGAGAAACUAAAACUCAAAGAUUGCAAGAAUUUGGUUGAGCUGCACCAUUCUAUUGGAGAACUCAAAGGGCUUGUUUUCAUAAAUUUGAAAGACUGCAAACGCCUCAAAUCGCUUCCAGAGAGUUUCUCCAAGUUGAAAUCUCUUGAAACUCUCACUAUUUCUGGCUGCUCGAAGAUUAAUACUUUACCCGAGGAUUUAGGAGAAUUGAAAUCCUUGAUAACUCUAAUCGCAGAUGACACUGCCAUUCAACAAGUUCCUUCUACAAUUGUAAAGUUGAAGAAUCUCAAGUAUUUAUCUCUAUGUGGAUGUAAAGGACCUCCAUCAAAAUCACUCCCUUCACUCUUCUGGUCUUGGAUUUCACCUAAGAAACAACAUCCAAAUUCUAUUGUUCUCCCUGCUUCUUUACAAGGUCUGAACUCACUUAGAACACUGCGUCUUAACAACUGCAACUUGUCAAAUAACACAAUUCCAAAAGAUAUAGGGAGUUUGGUUUCUUUGAUGGAAUUGGAUUUGCGGGACAAUUCAUUUCAUAGCUUACCAUCAAGCAUCAGUGGCCUUUCAAAACUUCAAACUCUUUUGUUGGACUAUUGCACAGAGCUGGAAUGCAUCCCAGAUUUGCCACCACGUUUGAAAUCGUUGUAUGCCUCAAAUUGCACUUCAUUAGAAAGCACGUCAGAUCUAUCAGAAGUCAAGAAUAUGGAAACUUUGUCUGUCAGUAACUGCCCCAAACUUGUAGAGAUUCCUGGCUUGGAAAAACUGUUGGAUUCUAUUCGAGUGAUUCACAUGGAAGGGUGUAGCAAGAUGACAGAUUCAUUCAAAGAAACUAUUCUGCAGGGAUGGACCGUCGUCAGUGGAUUUGGAGGUGUUUGUCUUCCAGGCGAUGAAAUUCCGGAUUGGUUUGCGUACAAGGACGAGGGAAACUCAGUAUUUUUUGACAUGCCUCAGUUUAGUGAUUGUAGUUUAGAAGGCUUCAUUGUGUGCAUUGUUUACUCUUCUUGUGUUGACAACACUAUGACAACAGACCUCUCUAGCCUAUCAGUCAUAAACUACACAAAAAGUGUCAUUAAAACCAACAAGCCUCUUACAAAUGAGGUUAUAAUGUCAACUAAAGAUCAUCUAUGGCAAGGCCACUUAUCAAACCAGGCCUUCAAGAUGGAAGCAGGAGAUGAAGUUGAGAUCAUUGUUGACUUUGGAGCUGAAAUCACUGUCAAGAAGAUCGGCAUCUCACUGGUAUUCGACAAAUAUAUCGGCACAAAAAUGUUAGAGUAUACUUCGGCCUCAACCAAUGACGCUAUUGUCGUAAAUGAAGACAAAGAUGAGACUGAAGGUGAAGGAGGAGCAGGGAUUAAGAGAGGUUGUAAUGAUGAUGAUGUAGGACAAAGUAAUUCAUACCAGCAACCCAAAAGGUUGAAGUAUGAGCAUGACACUAGUACUGAGAUGAAAAUUGAUGAGAAGUAGAAGAAAAGGAAAAUUUUUGAGUCCAAGAAGUAAGAAUUCUUGUGCUUCAAUUCUUAAUACCAAACAGAAUUUGAUACACACAGAAUGCUGAAUGCUAGUCUAGGUAGUAUGGAAAUCUAGCAAAAGAGAUAGAAGGCAAAGUUCAAAAGUAAAAACAAAAUAUUGGUUCGAGUGAGUGGAUGGGCAAAGAUAGAGUUUAACAUCGGAUGGUGAUUCCAUUUGAUAAGUAAAUGGUGCGGCCGUUAGAGGCGAAGCAGCAGUAGCAAGGUGGAGAUAGGCGGUGGUCGUCGGAGGCAAGGCAGGUCAUGUAGGAGGCAUCCAUGCAGAAAAGUGGGCACCCUCUAGCGGGUCUUUCACACUUGGUUCGCCCACCAUAAGUACUACACAAAUACGAAAAUUUAGCAUAUAGCUCUAACUAAUUAAGACACCUACGGUACUAAACAAAAUCAUAUAAAUUUGUUUGAUUAUGUGUUUCUUUGAGGAUGUUAUCUAUUCUUGGUACAUUAACCUUUAUAAAGGUUGU